AUGAUCCACACACAAUCACAAAGAAGACGCUCAUCAAUUGACCCAUCAAAGCUCCAGCCGAUGUUCAAGGUUGAACACAAACCAGGACCUCAGUUCAACGUCAUGUUCAUCGGCGCAGGUAACAUAAACUUUGGUUCUGACGAAGGUCCUUGGAACCACAGUGCAAGAAUAGAGAACAAAUGGGGCACCAGAUUGAGAGUAACAGCCCUCAUUGAUCCAUCAAAGGAAAGAGCUGAUAAGGAAUUAGAAAAGAAGAGAGCUUCUUUCGUCGCUGUCGCGUACAACGACACAAAGUGGUUCCCAAACCUGGCGGAAGCUCACGCUAAUCUUAGCCCAGCAGAGCAACCGGACGCUGUUAUUGUUGGUGCACCACCACAAUUCAGAGGUGGUUUGAACCCACCUGCAAAUUUGGAGCUUGACUUGUUGGAAAAGUUCCCAGAUGCUGCAUUAUUCCUUGAAAAGCCUGUAACUACAGGUCCUUCAGCAGAAGCCGUAGAAGUUGGUAAGAAGAUCGCUGCAGCUGGUAACGUUGUCUCAGUUGGAUAUAUGCUUCGUUACUCUCGUGCGGUACAAACUAUGAUUAAGAUUAUCGAAGAGAACAAUCUGACUGUUAUGGGUACAGUCGCAAGAUACAUUGCCGCUUACGAGAAGAUCGCAAAGGAUGACUGGUGGGACAAAUCUCGUUCAUGUGGUCCAAUUGUCGAACAAGCAACUCACUUUUGUGAUUUAUCAAGAUACUUUGGAGGUGACGUUUCCUUAGAUACCGUACAAGCACAUUCUGUUGAAUGGAACGAAGAGCCAGGAAAGCUUUCAAAGAUGCCAAUUGACGAGGAGAAGAUUAAGAUCGAAGAUCGUAUUCCAAGAUUCACAACCGCUAACUGGAAAUACGACACCGGUGCUGUCGGUACACUCGUUCAUGGUGUCGCACUUCACGAUACUGAUUACUACACUGAGCUCACCGUAUACACGGAUGGUCACCAAUUGAGACUCGUCGAUCCAUACAACAACCCUGCACUCUAUGUCAGAAAACCAGGUAGCAAUGCAGAAUCUCACAUGAGUUUCGCUAACGAUGAUUGCUUCUACUCUGAGAUUAGCAACUGGGGAGAUGAAAUUGAGAAGCAUGAGGAACACAACCAAGGCGAAGAUCUCGAUACAAGAAUUUUGUCCACUUAUGAGGAUGCUGUACAAUCUUACGAACUUACAUGGGCAAUUCGUAAUGCCGCUGAAGCAGGAAGGAAGUUCCCAGCUCAGAACUAA